UAGCUUUGUUUUUACUUUUGAUUUGAAGAAUCUUGGUUUUCACUUUUCAGUAUUUACUGUUUACAGUUGAUUUUCAUUCUAGACAGGCACAUCCAGGGUGCCAUAAUUUGCUGAUAAUAUUGUAUUUUGCAUGUGGCAGGGCCUGAAAAUGUUAGAAUCCUAUAUUCGAACUUUUUCUGUAUCAUCUGCUGAACGCAAGCGCCAAAUCACGCACAACUACGCUCUUCUUGUUUCCUUCGCCCCUUCAGAUACAUCCCGUAUCACUUUUGAACUGAAUAACGGUGGCGAUGCUUGGAUUCUGUCACUGGAAGACACUGGCAUCACUGGAUUACUUGACCAGUUCUCCACGACUUGGGAUGAUUUGACUGCCGAACUGUGUUCUGCCUUAACAUACAGUCCCACGGAUGAGUACGACCAAUGGGAAUUUAAUGCCAAAUCUGCCUCGCGGCAGUCCAUGGAGCUUUCGUGGCGGAGAUCGAAAGAAUCGUGGAAAUCUGUGACGCUCCAGAAAGCGGAUAACCCAGCCGAGAUUGUCAUGAAAGCGAUCACUUUGGCGUUCAGUAAAGUCCACUCCAGUAAAGCCAAGAAAGAAUUGACCGAACGAAAUUUAAAGGCUCGUACGGAGAGCGUCCAAACUAGUAGAGCGAAAGAAAAGGAAGAGUUCGAAGAUAAACUGGAGAACAUCAACAAACGUUUGAUAAUGGCAAAAAUGCUCUACGAUUCUAAAGUGGCAUUCGGUUCCAAAUUGGCGGAAAACCCUGAAAAGCAGGAUGAAAUGGCUGAAACGGUUGCCGGUACAUCCGCUGGUGUUGAGCGGAAACGCAAACGACAGAAAGCCGAUGGGGAUGCACUGAAAGCAACUUCUAGUAGAUCUUAGGAGCGUUGUAGAUCGUAGCUGCGUUGAGACUUAAGAGGCACAGAUGGGGAUACGCUAGUUUUUUAAGUUCGGAGAGUUUCCUGUUUUUCGCAUAAUUUGCCGGGGCUUUAUUCCUGUGCAGUUGUUAUGAUACAGGGAGAUACAGUUGUUACGUUACGGUGCAAGAAUUCGUUACGAUUGCCCUUUGCAUGCACUUCAUAAUUCCUACUUCCGGCUCAUCGUGUUUUUUAUGUGUUAGUCGGUUUACUGUAUAUCGAUGCCGGACGAAACAGUGAAAACGAAGAUGUCAGUGCUUUGUUAGGUAAAGAUUUAAAGAUGCAGUGAGA